AAAAAGAUAACUUAUGGACUAAGCCAAUAAGCUGUAGUACUAAUAACAAGUUGAAAAAUAUCUUGAAAGAAACAAAGUUUAUCACAUCUUUGAAGAUUUACUUAAAUCAUUAAUCAUUAAAAAACCUGAUGAUCCAAUCUAAUUUCUAAUUAAUAAACUCUAAGAACCAGAAAGUAAAUGUGAUAUUGAUUCAAGCCAAAAAAAUCUUUGUAGUUGGUCCACCUGGUUCAAAAUUAAGAGAAUUAUCACUUACAUUGGCUGAUUAUUUGAAUUUUCAUAUUGUUUCAAUUGGAGAUUUAAUAGAAAAGGAGUUAAGCAAAAAGUCUGAAUUGGUAUAUAUUAAAUUCAAUAAUUAAUUUAGAGUUAAUAAAUUUAAGAAUCAUUGGAUAAAUUUUAAUAUGUGAGUGAUGAAAUUGUGAUUAAUAUAGCACUAAAUUAAAUCAAUCAUUUAGAAAAUGAAAAGAAAAGUUAUAUUUUUGAAGGAUUUCCUAAAACUCAAGUUUAAGGAUUAGCACUUUAAAAAGAAGGUAUAAUUCCUGAUGCAUUUUUAAUUUUGGAAAUGUCUGAAGAAAAAAUAUAUUAAUGUUGUGUUAAAAAAUUAGAAACAGAACCAUUUAAUAAAUUAAACAAUAAAGAAGAUUUAGUAAAAAACCAUACAAUGGAAUAUUAAUUGAAUUUAAAAUAAGUUAAAUAAAUUUACAAAAAUUAAUAUUUUUAGGUAGAUGGAGAAAAGAAUUAUGAAUUAGAAGAUAUGGCAGUAUAUUUUAUAAGAAUUCAUUAUUUAGUAACUAUUGAAAUAUAAACUAUAUGAUAAUGCACCAAAAAGAGCUCUUAGAAUAGUAGUGAUAGGACCUCCUGGAUCUGGGAGAUCAACAUUAGCUAAGAAAUUGUCUAGCAAAUAUGGAUUUAUAUAUAUUUCAACAAGAGAACUAAUAUCAAAUUUAAUUAAUAAGAAGGGAACAAGUGGGAAGGAAGCAUUUGAAAAAGUGAGUAAAGGAGAUCUUGUAGAUGAUAGAAUAGUAAAUGCUUUAAUAAAAGAAAGAGUAAAUUAGACAGAUUGUUAAAUGUAAGGAUUUGUUUUAGAUGGUUAUCCUAAAACAGAGAAAUAAUUAGAAUCAUUAAAUGAAUUGAAUAUUUAAGCAACUUUAAUGGUAAUAAUAGAUGUAGCAGAUGAUAUAAUUACAAGAAGACUUAUUUAAAGAAGAACUGAUCCAAUUACAGGAGUAGUUUAUAAUUCACUAGAUGAAGCUGAUAAGGAAGUAAGAUCAAGAUUGAUAAUAGCACCAAAUGAAAAAAGAGAGGUUGUAUAAUUGAGGUAUUAUUGAGAUACAAAUAAUUUUAUAGAUUGAAGAGAUGGGAUGAUUUGAAAUAAUUGAUAGAUGGAACACCUAAAUAUGCAUCAAUCAUUUAUAAAGUAUCAGGAGAGAAUUCUAAAGAAAAUAUGAUAGAAUAAGUAUGUUAUCAUUUAGAAAAAAUGAAUUGA